AUGGCCCUCAGUGCUCGAUACUACGGACACCACUCGUACGGCUGGGAAAUUGGCGAGAGAAGCGGUGAACGUGAUACAAGCCAUUCGAUGCUGAUCGCGUUGGUUGGAGCCCCUGAUCCACCGAAUGACGAGCAUACCAAUGAUGUGGAGAUCCUGCACGAACCCCAGUCGCCUGGAUGGAGGGCACUUCCUGGCAAUCGGAGCGGCGAUCGCCAAUCAUUCCGCCUCUCUUGCUUCCCCUCUUAUUUUCUCCAGUCGAAUUAA